AUGGAGUCUUUCACUUUUCCUGUUAAGAUCAACGAGCUGCCAUCGACGCUUAAUCCACUUCUGCGAACACUGCAGUCUUCUUCAAUUCUUCCCGCCUUGAAACCCUCAAGUGUACCAGAUGGCAUUGCCGCCUUUCUUUUUCUUCUCUCCGCUCUUGGAUACGUAACGAGGGGCCGUCUAUGGGACAAGCCGGACCUUCACUACAAGGUCUGGUUCGAGCGUCCACAGCUGGCAGGUGGUGCCUCAAGUAUCAAGGGAGUCACUACUCGGAAUGUUGCGCAACGUUUGGAAGAGGGGGACUACCAAGCGGUUAUCUUCUGGGGUUCGCAGUCAGGUACUGCGGAGCGUUUUGCAGAAACCUUGGGUCGCGAGUGUUAUACUAUAUUCGGCAUCAAUGCGUUAGUAGCAGAUAUUUCCGACUAUGACGCCGAGUCCAUCGCAGACCUUCAACAGAAACAUUUCGCGAUCUUCCUCCUCAGCACGUACGGCGAAGGCGACCCGAGCGACAACGCCGCAGGACUUUGGGACUGGAUCAAGCGAAACAAGGACCAAGCAACUAGGGUGGAGAGCCUCCGAUACCUUGCAUUUGGUCUUGGGAACAGCAACUAUAAAUACUACAACCGAGUUCUCGAUGUUGUAGUCGACGCACUCGACGCAGCUGGGGCAACGUCACUUAUACCACCACAACGAGCAGACGAUGCUGAAGGUGCCACCGAGGAGGACUUCCAGUCAUGGAAAGAUGACUUGUUCGCAUUAUUUCGUGUCUUGGGAUACGAGCAGAAGGCCGUUGCAUAUCAGCCUACUGUCAGUGUCGAAUUCGGAGACAGUGCCCAGAGCGAGAAGGACGACUCCGUGCAUCAGAUUUCGGUGCACCACCAACAAACGUCACUGAACUCCGCCAUAUUCCCGUUACCUGUACGAAUCUCUCGCGAGCUAUUCACAGCCGGCGACCGCAACUGUAUUCACAUGGAGCUUGACCUUGGAAACAACGAUGUUGUCUACAAGACUGGGGACCAUAUUGGAAUCUGGCCGUGCAACCCUGAUGAGGAAGUUGAGCGACUUUUGGAAACCUUGGGACUCAGUGAUCGGAGGAAGGACACUCUGACGAUUGUAGCACUUGACGAUUCCGCGAAGCCUAAGGUGCCUUCUGGGAGCACACUUGAAGCUGCAUUGAGACAUCAUCUCGAGAUCUGCGCGUCCGUUUCUCGCAAGAUAGCCUUUGAUCUCGCACAAUUUGCUCCAACACCAGAAGCAAGAGCCAUGCUCACUGAGAUCGGCCAGGAUCGCACUCGUUACGAGCAGUUCACUUCGUCGACACACAUCACCCUCGCCCGCCUACUAAAACUGUCCAGCCCGCUGGAGCCAUGGACUGCCUUGCCGCUCUCGUUUGUACUGGAGAAUUUACUUUCACUGCAACCGCGAUACUACUCCAUUUCCUCGAGUUCCGUUAUUUCUCCACGCCGCAUCGCAUUGACUGCCCUUGUCGUGAACAAGGAGGUGGCAGACGAGAAUAAAAGCACCAUUCAUGGCCUGUCAUCAAACUAUCUCCUUUCUGCGUCAAAGCUUCCGUCGAACGCAAAGGCAGCCACACCAUCGUUCCAGCAUACCUCAUCCGUGAGUGGGGAGGUUGGGACUGUGUUUGCACAUGUGCGGAAAUCUAAGUUCAAGUUGCCGAUCACGUCUUCAACCCCUCUUGUGUUGAUCGCCGCAGGAACUGGUUUCGCUCCGUUCCGAGCCUUCCUCGCUGAGCGCGCUAAGCUGCAUGCUCUAGGCAAGCCUGUGGGCCGUAUGCUCUUGUUCUUCGGUUGCCGCAGUCCAGAAUCGGAUUACAUAUACCGCGAUGAGCUGGAGAAGCUACAGGAGACGCUUGGUGAUAGGCUCCAGAUUGUCACCGCCUUCUCAAGGGAUGGGAACAACAGGAAGGUCUACGUGCAGGACAGAGUAGCGGAGGAGAGUGAGACCGUGCUGGAGAUGCUCAAUGCAGGGGCAAACAUGUACAUCUGCGGGAAGGCUGGCAUGGCGAGGGAAGUUGACGGGAAGAUUGAAGAAGCUGCGACUCAGCAAAAGGGGAUGAACGGGAGCGAGGUCAAGAACUGGAGUGAUGGUCUAAAGAAGCGAGGGAAGUGGAGGGCAGACGUUUGGGGCUGA